AUGUCUCUUUUUAAAUUCAUAACUUUCGAUGGCGUUGAGGCGUACCAGCCAUGUUCCUGGAACCUCAAUUCGCUCAGCGAGUCUCUGUGUCCCAUCGAAACUGGCGACCCCGUUUUCAGCGAAGCCCGCAAUUGGUCGUGCACCGAACAAGCCCGCCGAAACUUGCCCAAAGAAGCGAGAUGGAUCCUUGCCACUAUUUACAACUUCGCAUGUGUCAUGUUGGGUCAUGAUCGUGGCGAGGAUUCACAUUGGGACAUGAGACCUUGGCUCGCACACCUGUACAAUGUUGCCGACAGGCUUUUCUUAAAGUACGAUAUCUCUGCCACAGCACCAGAUCCAGAUUGGUUUUCGCGGCCUCUGGGACCACCCGAGUGCCCAGAACCACUCCUUACUCAAGGAACCGUUGUGCCGUUGGCAGAUUGA